UGAAAUGUCUUGAUCUUAUGACAAAGCGAGCAUGCAACGGAUAUCUCAGUUGCUUAAUAACAUGGUCCUUGUACAUUAACAGUUAUAUUUUAAACAUUUUCCUUCAUUUUCGCUUAAAGAAACGGAAGUUAAGGUGCGUGUCCAAAAAGUAUGGAAUGCCUGGAUUCCUACGUAAAAGCAGGAUAUUUUUAUCAUAAAGAAUGGUUUCCCGAGCGUGGAAGAGUUUUCAAAGAUUUGGAAAGCAUCAGAGAUGAAGUUCAACGACAAGCAACGAUUCACUCCAUUGGAUCCAUCACCUUUCCAGUGUCGGGCUUGUUGGGGGAGGAUUAGCCAUUGAAGGGAUAAUCACAGCUCCAUUUACAUUCGGGGUAUCUCUUGGAUUAACCGUGGCUGGUGUUGCUACGGGAGUGACGUCCGGCGUCGCGGGUGUUACUCAUGGUGCGGUCAAAUUUGGAAUAGUUAAAACACAGAUUAACAGUGCCAAAACGAAUUUAGAGAACCAUGAUAAGCAUUGUAAAGGGAUGAAGAAUUUGUUAGAACUGCUGAAACAGGACAAUUAAAAAAUAAAGGCAAACAUCAAGGAUUGCAAUAGAUUAAAAAGUUCUAGUUUUGGCGGAGGUCUGAAACUAGUCGGGGGUGCCACAGGAGUCGCCAAAAGAGUUGAAAUUUUGGUGAAUAACUCAAAAGCAGUCCAUGUGUACAGAAUUACAGGAAACGUUGAUGAAGUUACUAGGGUGAUGAGCAUUGGAACAGCCUUAGACGACAUAGUUCCAUCGGCACUCAAGGAUGUCUCAAAAGGGGUUAUCAAAUUAUCUACAGAGGCAUUGAGCGUUCUGGCAGCAAUCGGAAUUGUAAUUGACCUGGGGUCCUUGAUUUGGAACGCAGUUGACUUGUCCAAAUUCAAUUAAGGGCAACUGUGCUCCGAGGCAAAGAAAUUACAGAAGGUCAUCGAACAAAUGCAACACGAGUAUGAUAUGGCAUCAGAAUCUGUUAUUCAAACUGAAUUUAAGUUCACUGGAUAUGGAAAGAAUUAUGUUAAGCUCUUGUAUCUUCGAAGAGAUGGAGACAUUCAUUUUGUCAAGGAGCUAGAGGUCAGCACAGAGUUGACCUUGAACAAUGUCAAGGACUAUACGCAUGGUGAUAACAGUGACAUCAUAGCUACUGACUCCCAGAAAAACACAGUAUAUGUUAUGGCUAAACAACAUGGGGUGAAAAGUGCGGAGAGAUUUGCCUUGCUACUGUGUGAGCAUUUUCUAAGAAAAUAUCGCCAUGUAACAAGAGCAAAGGUCUACAUAGAAGAGGCACCAUGGAAACGCAUGGAGAUUGGAGGCCAACAGCAUGUUCAUGCUUUCCUUCUGAGUCAUAAAGCCAAGCAUGUGUGUGAAGUAGAGCAAUAUAGGGAUGAGAGGCCUACCAUAUGGACAGCCCUAAGUGGUAUGAAGGUAAUGAAGACCACACAGUCAGCAUUCAAGAACUUUGUCUCUGACGAGUUCAGAACUCUGCCCGAUGCUGACGACCGCCUCUUCUGUACCAUCGUCCAGUGUAAAUGGUGGUACAACACAUCAGCUGUCAACUUUGAAAGGGCCUGGGAGGGAGUCAAAAGCAUUAUUCUAGAAAUCUUUGCUGGCCCAGCUGACAGGGGAGAGUACUCUCCCUCAGUACAGAACACCCUCUACCUUACCGCCCAGAAAGUUCUUGAGAAAAUGCCAGAGGUGGAAAAAGUCUACAUAAAUCUGCCAAAUGUGCACUACUUUGGAGUAGACUACAACAGAUUUCCAAAGAUUGAUUUUGUGAGAAAUGAUGACAAUGAACACUCCCAUAACCAAGUUAAUUUUAGAAUCCAGUCAUUGCUUGGAAAAGAUAGAGGGAGUUUCAUAGAUGAAACAGUGAGCUCUGGUAGCCAGGUUCAAUGCAAGUCAUGUAUAGAGGAGGGCGUGGACAAUGAAGACUACAGCAUAAUCAGGAAAGAACAGCUUUUCCCUGACAAUGCACUACGUAGGGAAAUGUUCAGUAUGGAAUCCAACUGUUCCAAUCUGGGUUGUCCAUGGACCGGGAAAUUUCGUGAUUUCGAGAAACACGUGAAGGACUGUAAGUUCCGUCCUAUACCGUGUCCAAACUGUGGGGAAUCAGUGGAAGUCAGCAGAGUGAAAAGUCACGCAGAGAAAGACUGUCCCAAGCGACCGGUGACGUGCAAAUACUGCUCCACAAGUACCAGUCAAGACCAACUGGAGGAACAUAACAAAGAAUGUCCAAAAUAUCCAAUGAAUUGCGAGAGCUGUGGCAAAAAGAAAAUUCAACGAGACAAGUUUCAGGAACAUGUAGAUUCCGAGUGUCCAAAUAAAAAAGUGAAGUGCAUUGCAGGAUGUGAAGCGGUCGAAAGACGUCGAUUUAUUUCUCACAUUGAGGAAAAGCCUGGCUUUCACAUUGAAAAGAUGAUGGACCAAUUGAGAGAACUAACGAACUUUAUUACCGGAGAAAAAUUGCGGCAUUUGGGUGAGGAUGUUGAACAACUGAAGCAAACAAUGUCCCUCAGCAACGAUAUGCAACAAAAUGGAGCGAGCGGCACCAACAGGUUGCCUAGCUACGAUGAGGCACAAUCAGCAGAAGGAGCUGGAAUCAACACUGACGCCAACAAAUUAGCAGCGGUCGAAAUCAAAGUGGGUACAUUCGAAGGGAUCGUAACAACCCUACACCGCGAGAUCGAGCGGGUUCUCAAUGUUCUGGAUGACCGUCAAAAAGACAUGGAAAUUAUAAAGAGAGACUGCGAAGAAAAAGCAAAGAAAAUUGAGGAACUGGAGAGAAAACUGGCCUACAGCGAGGUACAAGUGACACAACUGUCCCAAAACGUUCUCUCUAAGGAUAAUUGUUCCUUCAAUGGCGAACUGGUAUGGCGUAUUGAAAACUGGAGCGAAGUACGGGCGAAAGCUGUGGCGGGAACAGUUACUAGCUUAUUCUCUCCGCCAUUUUACACGUCUAAAUAUGGCUACAAGAUGUGUGUCAGGUUAUACCCAAAUGGUGAUGGCAUGGGCAAAAAGACACAUAUUUCCAUAUUCUUCGCCAUUUUGAGGGGUGACUACGAUGCAAUUUUGACAUGGCCCUUUUCUAAGAGAGUCAUCUUUACAGUUUUCGAUCAAAGCGGCGGGGCUCCUGUCAGGGAUUCGUUUCGAACAGACCCCAACAGUUCGUCAUUCAAACGGCCGACAACAGACAUGAACAUAGCUAGCGGGUGUCCCCUAUUUCUACCGCUGUCCCGUUUACAAGGAAACGGUGGUUUCGCUUUGAAUCAUCGCAAGAAUAUGGCUAGACCAAAAGACAAGUUUCGGAGUCAAACCUUUGGAGAUGCAUUUCUUGAUAAAAGUGAAAGAGAGCGUUCUCGUCUAAAGUUGACCUUAGCCAAACAGAUGCAAAAAGAUAUUGGAAGAAUGUUGGACGAAGAAAUACACUCAGACCUGACAAUAGCUGUUGGCAAUCGAACAAUUCAAGUGCACAGGUUUUUCAUAAAGACCAGAAGUAAAAGAAUUUAUGAGAGAUUUGUGGAAUUGGCCAAUGCUGAGCCUCAAAGCAAACUACUGACAAUGCCAUGGUGGCUUGAUUAUGACACUUUGAUUAUACUGUUUCAUCAGCUGUACAAUGUUAAUUCUGUGGAUGGAGAGAUUGAUGAGAUAGACAUUGCAGCUGGUUACACAAUGGUGGACUAUCUCCUCUCCCUGUUGUCUGAGAAGAAGCCAGAGAGUGUGAGGAGAAGAAUGAUGAGGAUCAGAAAGGAAGAAGAGGACAUGAAUGGGGAGGAGACAACAGACCCAUUGGAGGAGUCAGAAGUCCUCACCAAUGGGGUGCAGGAUUUGCACAAUGAAACUGUCACCAGAGACGAAGAGGUUCAGAACAAAGUGAUUCCCCAUGUGAAUGGUGUAGAGGAGUGUAAUACAUUAGCAGAAAAAGUGACAUUAGAUGGAGAAAAUGAUAUACAAGACAAUAGAUGUGAUAAAUAUGAUUCAGAUAACACAGACAUUUUGCAAAAAGUCACUGAAGAGGACACAAAACUAAGUGAUGUUGAUGAUGUGGUGGAAGAGAAUCCUAAUCUCUCAGAACUGAUCAAAAUGUCUUACGACAUCACCGUCCCAUAUAACACUUGCAGUGUUUUAGGGGAGGACCUACUUCGUGGAUUUUUACAGGACCUAGAUUAUGAUUGUAUUAUCACAGUGUCUGAUGUCCAUUUCAAAGCUCACAGGUCAUUGCUCACUGCCAGAUCAGCCUACUUUGAAGCUAUGUUGUCGGGAUCUUGGGUAGAGAGUGAUUCUCAUGAAAUUAAACUUGAAGGUGUUACCCCUGGUGUGAUGGAGCAGACCCUACUGUACCUGUAUGGAGGUGUAACCGACCUGAUAGACAGCUGUACGCUCAGUGAGCUAAUCAUGGUAGCGGAUAUGUACGGGUUGGACGGCCUCAGGGAUGUCGUUUUGUAUAACCUGCGGAGAGAUUAUUGCCAUUUCUUCCAUAAGCCCUGUUCUGUCUGUGAGGAAGGUGUACUGAUAACCCUCUGUCUGACUGUCACAUACAACAUGGCAGAAAUGCAGGAACGGUGCACAAAAUGGAUUAACAAUCAUCGCAUCAAGAUCUGGAGGACAGAGGCAUUUGCUCGAUUGCCACCAGAGAUUAUUGAAAUUUGUUACAAUACAGCAGCAUCUAGCAUGGAUAUUUCUAAUGUCAUCCGAGUAAUGAUGGAUUGUCAGAGAAUGAAUCGAACCAUUCCUCAUUUAAAGCACAAUGUGACUGUUCUCCACUACAUCACUCUGCUGAUGGACAGUGCCACGGAAUACACCAGUCAGAACUUCAACCGCCUGAUUAACAGUCCCCAUUUCAUCAAUCUUGACAAGGACCUUGCCUUCAAGAUUGACUUGUUGGAGGAGCUAUUUGAGAGUGUGAUAAAGUCUUUAUCCAUGAAAACAGCAUGUCUGGCGUACGUUAGUUUGACCAAGGUUUACAAAAAUGUGACAGAAGGGGGGGAAUAUUACGUUUGUUAUGCUGGUGAGAACUGUAAUAUAGGCGAGAAGUUUAUUUCCUCUCUUCUGAAAAUGUCUGAAGCUUUCUUAAAGAUGCACAUCCACCAAGUGAUUAACACUGAGAACUGGGAUCUACUUCCUAAGGAUUUCCAAACACACCUACUAGCAACUUCCAAUUUCGUAUGGGUGGAAGGGUUUUCAAAAAGCAGGAAAGCACCUCCAAAACUUACCAGUAUGCAGGAGAAAUCCAGUCCUCAUAGUGAAAAGCAAGGUGCUUCCCAGAAAUCAGUGACUGACAAGAACAUGGCCACAUCAUUAACCAGUGUUGGUAGAGACUCUUCCAGGAGACAGGUCAUGAGACCCCAAAAACCACUCCCUAAAAAAACAAACCAGAAACUUACCUCUACAAGCACAAAGGAUGGCCAACUGAAACAAAGACUCAGUCCACGUGGAAGUGUAGAGAGCAUCUCUUCAAGAGGAAGUGUCUCUACUAGAGGGAGUCAGUCCUCUACCAGAGCAAGUCCUACAGAGUUUGGGCCAGUGGUAGGCAAUGGCAUUUUGCUGGCUGAUAUUCCGUUAGAACCAGUCGAUGAUGGAGUGGCUCAAAGAGCCAUUUUACCACCAUCUAUACACUCUAUAGAACAAUUACAACCAAUUCUUGUAUGGGAACAAGUGACUCAAAAUAACUAAAAAAAUUAUACCAUUAUUUGGAUUUUUACCUUCUACCAGUACUUAUGAAUAUUCAAAUAUAAUAGGGCAUAGUUUUGAUGGGUAUUAUUUUAAGCUACCUGAUGAUCCAUUUAGUAGCUAUUUUGAUGAGCAUUUGUUGAUCUGUUCACUUUCAUUCUUUUGAAUUACAUGAUCAAACUUAGCUGGACACAUUGUCUCAAUCCAUGAAUGAGAGAAUCAUGCUGUUUUUCAGAAUUUUUGUUGAAAAUGAAACAAUAUGAUUACCUCUGAAACAAGAAUUCAAGGUAACAUUUGGUGGAUUUUUAGCUCUUUUAAAUAACAGGGUAAGAUUCGAGACUUUCUUGUGAUAAACUUAUCUUUAGCAGUUACAUGUAAAAGAAACUGUGUGAAAUACAGUAGUUGAAUUCCUUUAAAAAUGAAGCAGAUUACUUAUUCAAAAUUGAAAAAAAGCUUUGUGUUUUAGGUAUAAAAUUGUUAAUAAUAGCUACCAUGGAUUUCAUGACAUACUUGUCUAUUUUGAAUACACAAUAAACUUGUCUGAACACUGCUGUAAAAACUAAAUUUCAUAUAAUAGAAAUUUGCAAGAAUGAUCUAGUUUUGGAUAUUGCUCUCUGUGAACCAGCCUUUAGUAUUGCAGAUAAAUGAGUCGCUGUGGACUGGUUGACCAGUGGUAAAUUUCUUAUUGAAGUUGGUUUACAGUAUGUGUUUGUGUUGUCACCGUUGUGCAAACUUUACUGUGAACUGCACCGAAUUUUGUAUGCGAUGAAAAUCUGUUUAUAUAUUGUGAAAUGUACAUUUUAUAUUGCAUUUAUCUACAGUUACAUUAUAUCAGGUAUGUUUCUUUUCCUAAGUCUUAAAGUCGUCUAUGGAAGUAAAUUGCAGUUUAUGGUGAUUACUAUGAUUAAGAAAUGUGAUUUCUAGUUUAUUGAUAUUUCUCAAAUCACAAUUUUUUUUAUAGCUAUGUUUGUUAAAUGAUAAAAGAUUUAGCUGUAAUUUACAACCGACAGGCAGGUGAAAACUACAUGUGACAAAAUUGUUAAUCAUAGUUCAGAUCCUGCCAUAUGAAAAACUACGCUAGUCAAGGGGCCAACUUUUCUAGGAUGAAGUUUGUAAAAUUGAUGGAACCCACGAUCGCAUAGCUUUUAUACAAGUAUCCAAGACCUUAGAUUUAAACUGUUAAAUUUCAGCAACCAAUUUCCCAAUAAAGCUAUGACAAGUGUUCUUUUUAAGCAGAUUAAAACAAGGACAAUGAAUAAAAUGUCUAAAGUAAGUCUACUACGAUUGAUGUUGUUUGACUUUAAAUUGUACAUUUAUUCGUAUUUGAAUGCAAUUCGGCUUUUUUUCUUACAGUUUUUUUUUCACCAGAAAGGGUUGCAAUUUGAAAAGCUUGUUGAUUUGAUAAAGCAUUUUCAUCUAAAAUGCAAACACAAUUAUUUCAUUUAUAUGCCUGUAUUUGAGCAAUACAUUGUAUUUGAUAUAGUACAAUUUUAUGUAUAAAUAUGUGUAUUUCAUUGCUCUCAAAAAGAGGCAAGAAUUCUAGAUUUUUUUAAAGAAUUCUGUUGAUACUUUUGUUUAAGAAUAUCUGUGAUAUCAUUUGUUUUGUUAAAUUGUUUGAGGUUAUUUUUCCUUUACAGAAUGAAACUUUUACAAGUAUUUUUUUUUUUUUCGAAACCUCUUUUAUGCAGAAUAAAACAUAUAAAU